GUGCGCAGUGCGGCCGCACCCCCGGCCGCUCGCUCGGUAUUAUGAUUAGCGCUGGGUGCGGGGUUCCGGCGGUCGGGAGGGAGUUGUCGACGCCGCGGCCGCUGCGGACCGAUGCCCGCCUGCCGGCUGAGGAGAAAGAAGCAACUAACAGUGGUAACAGAGCAAUUUGGCAUGCAGUUUGCAAGGUAUCCGUUGCUAUGUUGACAAUGAAGGCCUUAUUUCCAGCAGAUACGCUUAUAUGAGAAGACUCAAGUCAAGCACUUUAAGUAUUUUCCCUUUGUCGUACCAGCAUGGCAGGGUUCAAGCGAGGAUAUGAUGGAAAAAUUGCUGGAUUAUACGAUCUGGAUAAAACCUUGGGUCGAGGUCAUUUUGCAGUGGUGAAACUUGCCAGGCAUGUUUUUACAGGUGAAAAGGUGGCGGUGAAGGUGAUUGACAAGACGAAGCUAGACACCCUAGCCACUGGUCAUCUCUUCCAGGAAGUAAGGUGCAUGAAGCUAGUGCAGCACCCGAACAUCGUUCGUCUCUAUGAAGUCAUAGACACCCAGACCAAACUGUAUCUUAUUCUAGAACUUGGAGAUGGAGGAGAUAUGUUUGACUACAUCAUGAAACACGAGGAAGGUCUUAAUGAAGACUUGGCCAAGAAGUAUUUUGCUCAGAUAGUACAUGCUAUAUCUUACUGCCAUAAACUCCAUGUGGUUCACAGAGACUUAAAACCAGAGAAUGUAGUCUUUUUUGAAAAACAAGGUCUUGUGAAGUUGACAGAUUUUGGCUUCAGCAACAAAUUUCAGCCAGGAAAGAAGCUCACUACAAGCUGUGGCUCUCUUGCAUACUCUGCUCCAGAAAUCCUGCUCGGCGAUGAGUAUGAUGCCCCUGCAGUAGACAUAUGGAGCCUGGGUGUGAUCCUUUUCAUGCUGGUGUGUGGGCAGCCGCCCUUCCAAGAGGCCAACGACAGCGAGACACUGACCAUGAUCAUGGACUGCAAGUACACUGUGCCGCCCCGUGUGUCUGCAGGGUGCAGGGACCUGAUCACACGGAUGCUGCAGAGAGACCCGAAAAGGAGAGCCUCUCUGGAAGAGAUUGAGAGCCACCCUUGGCUCCAGGGAGUGGACCCCUCACCAGCCACCAAGUACAACAUCCCCCUUGUGUCCUACAAGAACCUCUCGGAAGAGGAGCACAACAGCAUCAUCCAGCGCAUGGUGCUCGGGGACAUCGCAGACCGGGAUGCCAUCGUAGAAGCCCUGGAAACCAACAGAUACAACCACAUCACAGCCACUUACUUCUUACUCGCUGAAAGAAUCCUGAGAGAAAAGCAAGAGAAGGAAAUACAGACCAGGUCUGCAAGCCCCAGCAACAUCAAGGCCCAGUUUAGGCAGUCAUGGCCAACCAAAAUCGAUGUGCCCCAAGACCUUGAGGACGACCUCACUGCCACGCCUUUGUCACACGCCACAGUUCCACAGUCUCCUGCUCGGGCUGCUGACAAUGUUCUUAAUGGCCACAGGAGCAAAGGCCUGUGUGACUCGGCCAAGAAAGACGAGCUCCCGGAGCUGGCGGGGCCAGCACUGCCCACUGUGCCACCCGCGAGCCUGACACCUGCUGCCAGUGGGCGGAAGUGUCUGUUCAGGGUGGAAGAAGAUGAGGAGGAGGAGGAGGAAGACAAGAAGCCUGUGUCUCUGUCCACGCAGGUGGUGCUGCGCCGGAAGCCGUCAGUCACGAACCGCCUGACAUCCCGCAAGAGUGCCCCGGUGCUCAACCAGAUCUUCGAAGAGGGCGAGUCCGACGAUGAGUUCGACAUGGACGAGAACCUGCCGCCCAAGCUGAGCCGGCUGAAGAUGAACAUCGCUUCACCAGGCACGGUGCACAAGCGCUACCACCGCAGGAAAAGCCAGGGCCGCGGCUCGAGCUGCAGCAGCUCUGAGACCAGCGAUGAUGACUCUGAGAGCCGCAGGCGGCUGGACAAGGACAGCGGCUUUGCUUACUCAUGGCACCGGCGUGACAGCAGCGAGGGGCCGCCGGGCAGUGAGGGUGAUGGCAGCGGCCAGAGCAAGCCUAGCAGUGGUGGUGGGGUGGACAAGACCAGCCCGGGCGAGCAGGGCACGGGCGGUGGCGGCCAGGGUGGCUCAGGCGGGACCCCAUCAGGUGCAGCAGGCUCCUCGCGGCGCUGUGCAGGCCCCGACUCCUCCUCAUCCUCCCCAGCCUCGGCCUCCGCCGCUCCACGUGGUGCGGAGCUUGUGCAGAGCCUCAAACUUGUGAGCCUGUGCCUAGGCUCCCAGCUGCACGGCGCCAAGUACAUUCUGGACCCGCAGAAGGCCUUGUUUUCCAGUGUGAAGGUGCAGGAGAAGUCCACGUGGAAGAUGUGCAUCAGCACCCCAGGCCCUGGCCCCGCUGCUGACCUGGACCCUGUGAGGACCAAGAAGCUGCGGAACAACGUGCUCCAGCUACCUCUGUGCGAAAAGACCAUCUCCGUGAACAUCCAGCGCAGCCGCAAGGAAGGGCUGCUCUGCGCCUCCAGCCCUGCCAGUUGCUGCCAUGUCAUCUGACCUGUAAAGCGCGCUCCGCUCACUUCAUUUGUUCUGACGUGACAAUGCAUGGUCUUUGUGCAUGCUGCUACACGCUACUUUUCUUUUCCAGCCGAAAAGUCUACUGUGUGAUUUUACAUUCAUGAUUUCAGUGUGGAUGACCAGGAUGAAAUUGUCUAUCUGGAACCCAACGUAAACGGAGUGCUUAGAAAUUCAUGUUCUGCACUUAACCUGGAGGGAAAAUGCUUUCGUUUCCUUGUGAAAAGCCCAAAUUCCUGUCCUGACCUCCGGUGAUAGGGAAACUCCAUGCUCUGAGGCACGCUGGUGCCUGAGACAGAACCAAAGCAAUAACGUGGUGAUGCCCACAGGCCUGGGCGGAGCAACAGCCGCUGCCAGCCCCCCAGGGCCUGUGCACCAAGAACCGAGCCACGGUCUGAGCGCCCACACCUGUUUGUCUUAAGCGAUAGUGUGAAAACAGUUGGGGCUCUUACGUUUUCAUUGACAAAGAUGUUCUUGUUUGUAGUAGGUGAGAUCAGCUACUUAGCUUUGUGAGGCAGCUUCCCCUGUAGAAUUACAAGGAGACAAUCUUUUGUGAGGUGAUGAGGUGAACUCUCGUCUUAACUCUUAGAGUGUCUGUCUGUCUGUCUGUCAGAGAGAUCAAAAAGAGGCUCUGUAAGUCCCCCUGCAGGACACAGCGGGGUUUCCUUCAAACCUGUGUGGAGAGGAGACACUGGAGUUCCCGCUGCAGUGGUCACAGCGCACACAGAUGGCAGCAGAGUCAACACCGACAGUAAAACAGCUUCCUGGAAUUGGUUUUUCAGGAGCUUGGUGGUUAGGUGGCCUCUGGUUUCUCCAUGCCUUGGCAGCAGCUGACGAGAACGUCUCAGGAAAGGGUAGUGCUCCAAGCCGCCUUCCUGCCGCACACUGACCAGAGUUCUGGUCCCGACUGAUAAUCCUCUCCCCAGGCAUCUUCUCCCUGCACGUCUUCCCUAAUCUCGGGAAGCCCAGAUGCUGGUUUGGUUUUGUUUUUCACACUGUGAAAGCAGUACAUAAGGGACCUGUGGGAUGGGUGUCACUGGGCACAGGGUCCUUCCCACACUCUGCCGUUUUCUUUCCUGUAAUUCAGAGCGGGCAGGGCACAGGCCAGUCACUUUCGUCAGUGCUCAGACUCAGUCAGCUCCUUUAGGGUUAAUGUAUAUUACUCCGAACUUCACAGUAUAACCUGACUAUGCUAAGUAAAAGCGAUACUUAAGAUACUUCCUAGACCUAGGCUAACUGCUUGUGCUUUAAGCUACAGUCCCAUUCAGCGUGACAUUUAUGUAGUUGAAAGUGAUGAAGAGAGAUGUGUGGGUGAAGCCAUAGAACAUAUUUGCUUGAAAUUCUUAAGCAGGGAUCUUCAAAGGGCCAGAAACCAGUGUGGUUCACAGAGACAGUGAGAGCCGUGUCUGUGUGAGCAAGGAGAGACGUUUGUAGGGGCAUUGCAAUAAACUCUGUCGCAGCUGUUUUCCAAGUAAUGUACAUACUCCUCUGUGGUCACGUCUAGCCUCGGAGUGGCGCCUCUGAACUCAGCCGUAUGCGUUUGGUCUCCAGUGGUUUUAUAUUCAGGUGUAUAUACGGUGCUCACUUUAGAUCAGCAGUGUUGGCCAUUUAUGCUGCAGAGCUGUAUCAUAGCCUUAUUAGUUGUGUGUGGUUGGUGACCCUCUGGGCACAUACAUGUCUGUUGAGUGGUGUCUACCCAUUCGUUGACAAGUGGAUGUCUGUGCAUGUGUCCUAUGUCCUGGGAUGUUGUCACGGGGCAGGAGCAGAACACCAUCACACCAAUAGUGGACCAAACUACUUCUUGCUCUAACCAGUGACUUGUCCCCUAACCUGUCUUCAGAAGUCACCUAGAGUUACAGUAGUGUAUAAAUUAAAUAUUGUGGGAAAAGUUAGUCUUGUAUUUUUCUGUGUAUAUAUAUAUAAUUAUGUACUUCUGAAAUUCUAUCUGUAUUUAAAGAUGUGACAAUCUUGACACCAAUUUUAAUAGUCAUGAGACUGAACAAAGAUGUCCUACCGAGUCAGAGUUGGUGUGCGCUGAGAACACAAACUCGUUGGCUGAUUGGUCAUUGCCUCUAGUUCUGACCAGUCUUUCUCCUUGUGUGACAUUGACAGGUGUGUGACAGACGGGAAGUGAUCAAUAAUAAAGUGACAUACGGUGUUCAGCAAUA